AUGCUUUCCGAGAGAGAAGCAUUGUCUGAGGCACCUCAGCAAGACAGCGAGGGUCAGCAGCAGACGGAAGACGGUGAAAUUAGCGAAAAGGACGUCCGAACGUCAGAGUCCUCAGAUCAAGCACCCAAGGGCGACGACGCAGUCAAUCCUCCCCUCCCAGCCGAGGAACCACCUCCACCUUUACCCGACGGGGCACCACCAACAGAACCAGUCGAUGACGGGUGGGAACCCAUUUGGGACGACCGAGCGCAAGCAUUCUAUUUUUUCAACCGGUUUACCAAAGUCACCCAAUGGGAGAAUCCAAGAGUGCCAGAAGCGUCGCAACCAGUACUAGUACCUCCGGGCACAGAGAGUUAUAGCAGAACCGUAAGCCCAGCAGAGAUGCCUCCCACAGGACGUGUGGGAGGCUAUGAUCCCGCCAUUCACGGAGACUAUGACCCCAAUGCCGACUACGCAAAAACCUACGAGACCCAAGCGGACAUUGACGCGAUUGGUGUUGCAGCUGGAACGGCUUCCACGGACCCUUACGCCGCGACUGGCACCUUCAAUCGUUUCACAGGCAAGUGGCAGCGUGCCGAUCUCAAUCCGGAGAGAUUCAGCGACGAGCAGAAGAGCCACAGGCAGAUGAACGCGUUCUUUGACGUGGAUGCGGCUGCAAAUAGUCACAACGGAAAGAGCUUAAGAGCAGAACGCGCGAGCAAGAAGCUGACCAAGGCCGAGUUGAAAGCUUUCAAGGAGAAGCGAAGAGAGAAGAAGGAAGAGAAACGGCGCGCAUGGUUGAGGGAUUGA